AUGGCCAACGCGGGGCUGCAGCUGCUGGGCUUUAUCCUGGCCUUCGUGGGCUGGAUCGGCGCUAUCGUCAGCACCGCCUUGCCCCAGUGGAAGAUCUACUCCUAUGCCGGCGACAACAUCGUCACGGCCCAGGCCAUCUACGAGGGACUGUGGAUGUCCUGCGUGUCGCAGAGCACCGGGCAGAUCCAGUGCAAAGUCUUCGACUCUUUGCUGAAUCUGAACAGUACUUUGCAAGCAACCCGUGCUUUGAUGGUAGUUGGCAUCUUGCUGGGACUCAUAGCGAUCUUUGUGGCCACGAUUGGCAUGAAAUGCAUGAAGUGCAUGGAAGACGAUGAGGUUCAGAAGAUGCGGAUGGCUGUCUUUGGGGGCAUGAUAUUUCUCAUUGCAGGUCUGGUGAUUUUAGUAGCCACUGCAUGGUAUGGCCACAGAAUAGUUCAAGAGUUCUAUGACCCCAUGACCCCAGUCAAUGCCAGGUAUGAGUUUGGUCAGGCUCUUUUCACUGGCUGGGCUGCUGCUUCUCUGUGCCUUCUGGGAGGUGCCCUACUUUGCUGCUCUUGUCCCCGAAAAACAAGCUCUUACCCAACACCACGGCCCUAUCCAAAACCUACACCUUCUAGUGGGAAAGACUACGUGUGA